AUGAUGUCGAAGAAGAAAGAAACCAUGGGACGACAGAGAAUCCCAAUGGUUAGGAUUAAGAAAGAAACCCACCGUCAAGUCACAUUCUCAAAACGUAGAGCCGGUCUAUUCAAGAAAGCCAGCGAGCUUUGCACAUUGUGCGGCGCAGAGAUUGGGAUCAUCGUGUAUUCUCCAGCCAAGAAGCCUUUCUCUUUCGGCCAUCCCAGCGUCGAAUCCGUAUUGGACCGUUAUUUGUCCCGAAACAAUAUGUCCGUAGCGCAGACUUCGCAGCAAUCGCAGGGAAACACUGCAGCGAGCUGUGAGCUGAAUAUGGAGUUGACGCAGAUCGUGGGGCAGCUAGAGGAAGAGAAGAAGAAGGGUCAAGCGAUGGCAGAGAUGAGAAAAGCGAAUGCGGUUAGGCGGUCGAUGAUAAAUUGGUGGGAAGGGCCAGUGGAGGAGAUGAAUAUGGUUCAGUUACAGGAAAUGAAAUUUGCGUUAGAGGAGUUGAGGAAGAUUGUUGUGUCAGAGACACAUACGGCUCCGUUUAAGGAUGUGAAAGAGGAUGUGUUCGGUUUCUUUGAUAAUAAUAAAGUGACGGUUCCUUCUUACAUGAACACGUCUUCUGGUUUUUCUAAUGUUUACAAUGGUUGUUUCUAG